GGGACAAAAACCGAGGCUUGAUGCAGCAUGGUCCCAACUUUUCGUCAUUGGGGGCGCUGGCAGCGCCGCGGCUCGACCUGUGGUGGCUAUACCUGGCACUUGCAGUAGCCGUGGGCUUCAUGUACGACCCGCUCGCGCUUCGGUUGCCUCUGCACUCGUGGAGUCUCGUUGGUGACUUCUGGUGGCUGAACAUGCCGUUCUUGGCGAUUGCAGGGCUUGUGUGCAUCUAUGCGACCGUUCGUCGGCUUGUCUACUUCUUUAGCAAGCCUUCGUUUCGUGAAGGGCCUUACAUCCUUGGGCGACAUCAAUGGCGCGCUAGCACCCGCGCAGGACCAUUGUGGUGCAAUGUAUGCGAGUCGCUCGUAAUUGGUAUCCGCAGCUACGUGGUCAAUUGCGACAUUUGCGGCAUCACCGCCCAUGGUCCAUGCGCUCUGCGUCACAUGCGAGCCAAUUCCAAGCAAAAGUGCGCAUGCAAAUUGGCUGCGAUUCCAUCGACUUGCGACAAGAACACGCUGAAAGCGUAUCGCGAGCAUGUGUGGGUCAAAGGCAACACCGAUCCGCUGGACACGUGUCAUCUUUGCGGCUUGUUCUGUGGCAACAUCCUCGCGCUUUCGGCCAUGCAGUGCAUCUGGUGCCACCGUCGCGUGCACGAAUCGUGCUUUGAAUCGAGCGGCGUCGGGAAUGCCGUGUGCGACUACGGUCCUCAUCGACAGCUCGUGCUUCCUCCGACGUCCAUUCGAGUCAACAGCGACCCCGAGCCCCCUACAAAUGCCCUCUCCACCGUCAAGAACGCCGUCAAGAACAUGAAAAUGUCGUCGCUACGGAAACAAUCCAACUCUACCAUGCUCAUCACCGAGGACGGAUCGACGCAGACCAUGGCGAUACAGCGCAGCAAGACUCUUCAACAAAUCCUUCCGCCGAUCACGGAAGGAAUCGGCUGUUUGCUGCCGUACACAAUCGAGCCCCCUCCAGACGCGACGCCGCUCUUGGUUUUUAUCAACAGCCGAAGCGGGGGCCAAAUGGGAGUGUACGUGCUCCAGCAACUGCGAAGGUGGCUUAACCCACUGCAAAUCUACGACCUGUCGCUACAGGGCCCGGAAGCCGCCUUGAUUCAGUUUUGCAAUGUACCUGGGCUACGAAUUCUCGUGUGCGGAGGCGAUGGGUCCGUUGGCUGGGUGUUGGGCGCUAUCGACAAUCUGGCCAAGGUGCACUUCCAGAGGCAACCACCAGUGGGCAUUUUGCCGCUCGGCACCGGCAACGACUUGGCCCGCGUACUGGGGUGGGGCAGCGGGUACUCGGACCAGCCGAUCAGUGAUAUUUUGUUUGAGCUCGAAAACGCGCACAUCGCCAUGCUCGAUCGAUGGCGGGUGGACCUGAAUGGAACGAAGCGAUCUACCAUGAAUAACUACAUCGGGAUCGGCGUCGACGCCCAAGUGGCACUGGAAUUCCAUGAAAAGCGCGAGCGGUCGCCGUCGCUGUUUAUGAACCAAUUCAUUAACAAGCUGUGGUACAGUCGGUACGGCGCCAAGAACUUUUUGACCCGAACGUGUGGCAACCUCGAGACCAAGAUUGAAUUGGUCUGCGACAGCCAAUUGCUCGACCUGCCUUCUGGAAUUGAAGGCGUGAUCAUCACAAACAUCACGAGCUUCGCCGGGGGCUCGGUCUUGUGGCAUGAAGACUCGAGCGACGAAUAUACACACGUUCCGUCGAACGUUGCGAGCAAACCAACGUUGGGCCCGGCGUCGAUGCACGACGGAUUGCUCGACAUCGUGGCUGUGUAUGGCACUCUGCACCUCGGGCAACUCCAAGUGGGGCUGUCCAAGGCAUUACGACUGUGCCAAGCUAGGCAAGUUCAAGUGCGACUGAAGGAGCGCUUGCCGGUGCAAAUUGACGGCGAGCCCUGGAUGCAAGACCCGUGUGAGGUGGACAUUUCGUUUCACCACCAGGCGUUUAUGAUGGCCAAGACGACCCAUGAGCGAGACACAGUGACCCGUCAAGUGGGCGAGGUUUUGGAUUGGGCCGGGAACGCCAGCAUCAUCUCGUGGGAGCAGCGCGACGUCCUCUUGGCAGAAAUCACGCGAAGAGUACACGCCAAGAACCAGCAGCAAAGUGCUGUCGUUCGGCAAAAUUUCUCCAAAUAGAACUUCAGCCAAGGUCAUCCUAGUGGGAAUGUGCUCUCGCUCGAGCUUGAUGUGGGGUUGACGCCUGCUCUGGCAAAAAGGAUCAAAGUUGGGGAGUUUGAGUGUGGGUCUGCCUUCAUUGAGCUGUGGAACUUUCACACGUA